AUGUAUAACACGUUUUUCGAGCAACUAGAGGAGUUUCCCAUUGUGGUAUGCCGGGAGUGUCGCCAUGCCGUGUGGCCCAGCCAGAUUGAAACGCAUUUGCGUCGCGCGCACCGUUAUGUGUCCACCACCAUGCGCGUCACAUUGGCCGAUGAUGUUCGUACAUGGCCCAACAUCGCGCAUGACCCGAUCGAGUUGAAUAUCCCGGCCACCCGGACCACAGCGAUCCAACAGUUGGUCGCGCCCGUUGAUGGAUAUCGAUGUCAAUUGAGUUCCCAUUCGUGCCAAUACAUAUGCACUACCAUGCCCACCAUGCGGCAGCAUUGGAUCAAGCAUCAUCAGUGGUCCCGGACCCGAAAGAUCGGACAGCCCACCCACAUGGAGCAGAAACAGAUUCAGCACGAGCAGGACCAGGCAUGCCGUCCCGUUCAAUGCCAGCGGUUGUUUCCCGUCAAGGCCAACUCGCAGUAUUUUGCGAUUAUUCCCGAGACGGAUGAAGCCGUGGCCCCCGACGGUGAUGCGUGCGAGACGUUAAUCCAGAACAUGCAGGCGCAUUGGCGCAGCGUGCAGGAGGCCGCGGAUCGGAAGAUCCAGGCCGGCCAGGUCGACGAGGCCAACCCGUGGUUACGGCGAACCGAGUGGGUGAAGUAUUUGGGGGAGUUCGACAUCCCCGAUUUGAUACAGAGUGUGAGCCCACCCCCCGCGGAUAUCGACGGCCAGCCGUCCAUCGAGCCGGAAGCCCACGCCAUUUGGACGGCCAUGGCGCGGUUGGCCACGAUCAGCCAGUUGUCCGUGAUUCACCAGAUUGGGGUGUUUGUGCGGUUGGAAGCCAUCCGGACCGAGCAGCAUCAGACGCGGUACACCCCGUUAGAGGCGUACCAGGAUGAGGAGUCAAUCGUGAAGCAGGUGCGGCCGUGGCAGGAGAUGUUGAUGUUUUUUUGGCGUACGCAGCAGCCGCACGAGUGGACCAGUCCCCCGUAUCGAUUCACGCGACGACAGCGCAUGGCAUGGGAGCGGUUGGUCGACGCGGUGCGGAUUCCACCCACCCGCCAGGUGAGCAAGGGUAAGGUGAUCACGCGAUCCGGGGCCACGCGGGCACCGUGGGUGGAGGAAGAGGAGGAAGAGGAGGGGGAGGAGGAGGAGGAGGAGGAGGAGGAGAGAGACACCAUGUCGAUUGAUUCGUUGUCCGUGGACAGCAACGAACCCGAUUUUUUCAAUGAUAGGAGUGACGGGAUAGAGAAGACGAUGGAGGAGACGGCCAUGGGGAGAACGGUUGAUGUGGAUGCCAUAUUUGAUAUUGAGCGCCCCCCGGAGAAUGAGGAGGAAGCCAGCAACAUCACCGUGCCGCCAUUGAGCCCCGUGGAGCGGGCGUGUUUGGAUUUUUGCAUCGAAUUGUUGAACCAGCGCAUCACCCGACGGGAGUACGACAGCGCAUUAGUGUGUGCCGCAGCCGUAUUGGGGGUUCGUGAGGGCGGUUUCCGUACGCCCGAGGAUUACCCGCCCAUUUUAUCGCGAGUGAUCAAGGUCGCGCGGUUCAUGGUGGUGAAGAAAGCCGUCGAAUUGAGUGACGAGCCCGAGGAGGAGGAUGCGGCCGAGUUGCCCAGUUCCAUGGACCACACGGAUUGGGACAGCGCAUAUGGUGGAUCGCCGCCACCCAGUUCGCCAGGCCGCAAAGGAUGUUUGCAGUGGGUGACCCAGAUGAUGGAUCGGUUCAUGGUGCGCGGAUCGCAAGGCCCCACGCAAUGGAUGUUGGAUUUGCGCACAUAUGGGUUGAAGAUCCAUUACAACACGACCAGCGCCGGCCAUGUACAGUGGCAGAAUGGGGACGAGUUAUGUUAUAAGGACCGGCAGUUCACCAUGAAUGAGUUUCGUGGCAUGGUGCACGCGGUGGUCCAGGACGCGCGGCGGAUAUUGAUCGACGACAUAUUAGGAUGCCCGUCCGACGCCGUGCCAGCCAUUCCAUGGGACCGUUUGUAUGACGACCCCAGCAAUAACCAGGCACGAUGGAGUUUUUUACAGGACACCCGAACGCAAUGGCCCGUGGAUGGGGAGCAUUGGAUGUGGCAUCGAAUCCGUCAGGACCCAGCCGUGCGGCGUCGAUUCAUCCAGGCCGACGGGCAAGGGUUUCAUCCGGCGCGAUGGAUGGCGUAUCAGAACCGGAUCACUGCGUUUUUAGAGAAGUUGUUGGUGGCCAUCCAGUUCACAUGGGGUCAACCGGCGCGGGCCCCCGAGUUGUUGAGCAUCCGGCACGAGAACAGUCCCAUGGGUGGGAUCCGUAAUAUGUUUAUCGAGGAUGGCAUGGUGGUAUUGGUCGCGCAGUACCACAAGGGUUACCAAUUGAGCGGCGACGUUAAGAUCAUCCAUCGAUAUUUACCACGCGAGGUGGGUGAGUUAUUAGUGUGGUAUUUGUGGUUGGUGCAGCCGUUCGAGCGGGUGGUCAGUGGAAAUAUAUAUCAACGGGACCAGGUGUCCAGCCAUAUUUGGACCGCCCACCCACACCAAGCGAAAUGGAAUUCCGAACGAUUACGACACAUAUUGCAGCGCGAGAGUGCCAUGGGAUUGCGCGGUCAAUCAUUGCACAUUGCAUCAUAUCGUGAGGUUGCGAUUGCCAUCAGCCGGCGGUAUUUACGCAACAAAUAUCGAUUUGCGGCGGAUGAUGGAGACGACCCCGAGGCCAUGGACGAGGUGCAAUUGUUGGCCGAUGCCGCCGAUCGUCAGGCCGGGCAUGAUCCACACACGGCCGGUGGCAUAUACGCCCGGGAGAGCCGCGAGUUGUUUGGCGCCAUGGCGUCCAUGCGAGAACGAUAUCGUGGUAGCAGUCAGGAUUGGCAUACAUGGUUAGGGUUUGCAUCAUGCCAGCCGCCGUCCGACCCGGAUGCCGAUCCAUUUAGCGCGCCCCCAGCAUCCAGCACAUCGUGGUUCACGGACGAGGCGCAGCGCAGCCGGGAGGAACGGUGGCAGCGGAUGCAGCGCAUGGAUGUCGACCAGGCGUUGCGCGACAUGAUGGGACCGGACGCCGCAUUUCGCGGGCCACAGAAGCAGAUUGUGCAGGCCGUGAUCCAAGGACAGAGCCCGGUCAUCGGCGUGAUGCCCACCGGUGGUGGCAAGAGUUUGUUGUUCAUGUUGCCGGCAUGGAUGGCCCGCGGUGGCACGACGGUCGUUAUCAUCCCAUUGGUGUCGUUACGAGAUGAUUUACAGCGUCGAUGCGCGGAAUUAGACAUUCAAUGUGUCGCAUGGAACAACCGGCAACCCGCCGAUGGUGCAUCGAUUGUGUUAAUCACGCCCGAGUCCGCCGUACGUGACGAAACAUUCAGCACGUUUUUAAACCGCAAGCAGUUCACCGGCCAGUUGGACCGGAUCGUGAUCGAUGAAUGCCACAUCGCAUUGCACGACCAGUACGAUUUCCGCAAGUCGAUGACGCAGUUGGGGCAGUUGGUCCGGUACCGUGCCCCCAUGUUGUUGUUGACGGCGACGAUGCCCCGAGAGGACGAGGAGCGAUUGUGCCAGCGGAUGUAUUUCCCCCCCAGCACCGUGCAUUGGAUCCGCGCGCGUACCAGUCGUCACAACAUUGCAUAUCGGGUGGUCCGCAUUGCGCGGCCGCAGGAGCAUGGCCGACGUGGUGACGUGGGAGCGGCCAUCAUGGCGUGGAUUGAACAGGAGAUCCCGCGAUAUUCGCCCGGCAAGGUGGUGGUGUACGCCAACAGCCGGCACCAGACGGAGCAGGUCGCGGAGGCAUUGGGAUGCGGUGCAUACCAUUCCCACACGAUUGAUCGAGCCGGGAUGUUGAGCACAUUCCGACAGACGCCCAGCGGCGUCAUCGUGGCCACCAGUGCAUUAGGCAUGGGCAUCGAUAUCCCCGACAUCCGGUGUGUGAUCCACGUUGGGCGUCCCCGAUCGUUGUUGGAUUAUGCCCAGGAGAGUGGGCGUGCCGGGCGAGAUGGGCAGGGCAGCACGGCGGUGAUGGUUUUGGACGGUAGUGGUGGUGGAUGGGGGGACCCAGUGACCGAUCGAGAUGCGGGAUCAUUGCGGGCAUUGGAGCAGGUACAGCGGUACAUUGAUCAGCCAUGUCGACGAGGCGUGUUCGAUCCAUAUUUGGAUGGGGAGGUGGAUGGGUACCAGCGGCAGCAGUGCGAGGAGGGUGAAGCGGCGUGUGAUGGAUGUUGUGCGGCAGCCAUACCGGUUGAGACGCAGGCCACAUCACCGACCACGCAGAGUGAGACCCCGGCCAUAUCACCGGCCAGGCGGGUUCAGGUCCAGGCCAGAUCACCAGUCCCGGCACCGGCGCGGUCCCCGAAACGAAAGUUAAGCGAGGCAUUCACCAUGGUGACAAUGCCGCAUGCCCGGCGGAGAGGAUACAACGAGCCAUGGGAGCAAUUACGAUCACACAUCGAGCGUGAGGCGCGAACGGUGGAUUCCAUCCGGGAGCAUUUUGACCGGUGGGUGGGACGAUGCCGGAUUUGCGCGAUGCACGAGGCACCCAGCGAGCAUUUCACGUAUCAAUGUCCCCGGGCCGAAGGCCAACAGGCGGCGGCGUGGAUCGAGGAGACCAUCCGCAAGGUGACCGGGAAUCAACGCGAAGAUGGGAGGAACGGGUAUGAGGAUUAUGCGGUAUGUUUUCAGUGCCAUUCGCCGCAGUGGAUAUGUCCACGAUGGGUUCGUGUCGAUCAUGGUGGAUAUCAGCGUACCAAAGAAGCAUGUCGAUAUUUGGAGACGGCGGCGCACACCAUGGCGCAGUUGUUGCAUGGACCGAUGCGGGAGGUGAUCCAGCCAGCAUGGGAGCGGCGGUUGGCGCAGAUGCCCGGGGGAGGGGUCCCCCAUGAGAACCAGGCCGCGUUGAUUCGUCAUUUUCAGCGGAAGUUUGGAAAACGUGGAGAGGAGCGUAGUGGGUUGGUAGAAGAGAUGACGUGGAUGUGUUCAUGGGUCGACGAUACGAUGCAGGUAGAUGUCGAGAGCAGUGAGGAUUCCAAUUCAAUCAUAAGCCAUAUGUAG